CUUAACACAGUUCUUCUCCGUAUGCACUUACUAUAUCUGGCACUGCCAUUGCCCUUAUCCAGUCUUCUCACCAAUCAGUUAAUGUUCGGGGCAACUGGCCUUCGUCCGACGGAAUGCUAACAUGGAGCGCUGGUGCGGCCACCCCAUUGGCGUUGUGCGGACGAAUAGCGGACGAACAGGGGUACGACCGCAAUUCGUCCGCGUCUGCAUUAUGGCUUAAAAGGCAGAAGAACAUACCAUUUUACACUUGAUUUAUUUAUCAAAUUGCCUGAUUUAAUCGAAAAGCUGAUUGAACGCACGCUGAGGCACAUGUUUUCAAAAGAAAGAUCGCCAAAUCCUAACGAUGAAGUCUAAUCUCCUUCCAUUCAUCACUGAGAAAUGGGCGGGUGUGCCACAACCCAUUGCCAGAUUUGACGGAAAGACUGUUAUUGUCACAGGUGCCAAUACCGGUUUAGGAUACGAAGCCGCCCUUAAAUUUGUUGCGCUCGGUGCCGCUAAGGUUAUUCUCGGCGUUCGAAGCAUGCCGAAAGGAGCCCUUGCCUGUCGACAGAUAGAGGAGCAGACACAGCGAAAGGGCAUAGUAGACUCCUGGGAACUCGAUAUGGGUCGCUAUUCCAGUAUACAACAAUUUGCUAACCGGGCGGGUGCCGAAUUACAACGGUUAGACGUCGUCAUACUCAACGCGGGCGUCGCGUCAAAGGAAUUCACCAUUGGGCAUGAAGGGUGGCAGUCCACGUUGCAGGUCAACGUCCUAGGAACGGCGCUGCUAGCUUUACUGCUACUACCGAAGCUGAAAUUGUCUAAGGCGUCUACCGAUACCUCACGUUUGGUCAUUGUAACCUCAGAGGCCCACAGGUGGGUAGAAAGUACCGACAUCCCAGACACAGUGCCAUACGGCGGCAGCAUUCUGCAAGCCCUUAAUGCCAGACCAGCUGAUAAAACCACCUGGAAUGGCCUCGAUCAGAUGGCGAAAUCGAAGUUGCUCGCUAUGUACGUGGCUCGGUCGCUGGCAGCACUGGCUACACAGCCUAGCGGAGAAAUAGAUGUCAUCGUCUCAACAGUAUGCCCUGGAGCCUGCAAAUCGGAACUUGCACGAGAAUUCGCGACUGGAUUUGUUGCUUCCGCUGGAGUCCGCGUAUAUGGUGCGAUUUUUAGCAAGUCUUCAGAAGAGGGUGCGAGGGUAUACGUCUCGGCGGCUGCGUUAGGUCCGGAAUGCCAUGGGGGCUGGUACAAGAUCACAGCCUUGACAACGCCAGGAGAGCUCGUAACUAGUAACGAGGGGAUCGAGAUGCAGGAUAAUGUAUGGAGUGAGAUAGUAGAGGAACUCCGCGCUAAGGUGCCAGAAGUGUCAAGAUGUCUAUAAGUGGUAUCGGGGGGGGGAUAGUAUUACUUGGAUCCGCCAUAUGUUUUUUUCGAGG